AUAUAUAUUUCAAUAACUAUUUAUUAAAGAACAAUUAAAUUUAUUUACUAUAUAGUAAUAACAGUAAUAACAGUAAUAUCAAAUAAAAUUUUUUAAUAAAAACUUUAUGUUUAUUGCAAAAAACAAAAUUUAAAAAAAAAAACGAAAUUUUUUAAAAAAAAAAAAAAAAGAUAUUUAUUUUUCAAAACAAACAGUAAAACAUAAUUAAAUAAACAAAACAAAACUAAAUAAAUAAAAAACUGUUAUGGAUAAUACAACUACCACAACUACAACAACCUCCACACCAACCAAUACAGCAGGAAAUGGUAAAUUUUUAAAAAUUGAUUUACAUACACAUAUUUUACCAAAGAAUUGGCCAGAUUUAAAAGAAAAGUAUGGAUAUGGUGGAUGGGUUUCGUUAGAUCAUCAUUGUUCAUGUAAAGCUAAAAUGAUAAUUGAUGGAAAGUUUUUCAGAGAGAUUGACAGUAAUUGCUGGGAUCCAGAGGUUAGAAUUCAAGAGUUAAAUAGAGAUGAUGUCGAUAUUCAAGUAUUAUCAACUGUACCAGUUAUGUUUAGUUAUUGGGCUAAACCACAAGAUGCAUUGGAUCUUUCACAAUACUUAAAUGAUCAUAUAGCACAAGUAGUUUCAGAGAAUCCAAAACGUUUUAUUGGCUUAGGUACAUUACCUCUUCAAGAUACAGAAGCAUCAAUUCAAGAGUUACGUCGUUGUAUUUUAGAAUUAGGUUUAGCAGGUGUACAAAUUGGUUCAAAUAUCAAUGGUAAAAAUUUAGAUGAUGAAUCAUUAUUCCCAGUAUUUGAAGAGUGCGAAAAAUUAGGUGCUGCUGUAUUCAUCCAUCCUUGGGAAAUGGUUGGUAAAGAAAGAAUGCCGGCUUAUUGGUUACCAUGGUUAGUAGGUAUGCCAGCCGAAACUUGUUUGGCUAUGUGCUCAAUGAUUUUUGGUGGUGUUUUUGAACGUUUACCAAAACUUAAAGUUUGUUUUGCACACGGUGGUGGCUCAUUCCCAUUCACCAUUGGUCGUAUCGAACAUGGUUUCAAUGCCCGUCCAGAUCUUUGUGCUGUUAAAAAUCCAAUCAAUCCACGUUCAUAUAUAGGCAAAUUCUGGGUUGACUCUUUAGUACACGACGAAGAAGCAUUAAAAUUCUUAGUUAAAUUAAUGGGUGAAAGCAAAGUUAUUAUGGGUACUGAUUACCCAUUCCCUUUAGGUGAACAAAUACCAGGUCAAUUAAUAGAAUCAAUUAAAGAAUUUGAUGAACCAACUAAACAAAGAUUAUUAGGUGACAAUGCUUUAGAAUUUUUAGGUUUAACAAGGGAUAAAUUUAUGUAAAUAAUAAUAAAAAUAAUAAUAUAAUAAAAAAAUC